AGAUCACACGUGCUGAUAGCUCACGCCGCUCGCUACGAAACUUUCGCGCGUAAAAGUUACGAAGUAUUAUAACGGAGUGAAUUAUUUUUGAAUCGUGUAAAUAAGUGUUUACUACAUUGUACUAUAUGUGUUAAUGUGUUUUUUAAGACGGUACGCCGGAGUGUGGCGAAAUUCACCGCGUACCAUGCCCUCAUAACCUAACCCAACAAUGUGAUCUCCAUGGUUUCACUACACCAUGGCAACGACACGUUCACAGACCUAUCGAACUAUACCGAGUAUGCAGAAAUACCCUAUUACAUAAAGGUCACCUCCAUGACCUUCUGCAUAGUGAUCAUGUGUCUGGGGGUCAUAGGGAAUGUCAUGGUGCCCAUAGUGAUACUGAAGACGAAGGAUAUGAGGAACUCGACGAAUAUCUUUCUGGUGAACCUGAGUAUUGCUGACCUGAUGGUGCUGCUGGUGUGCACGCCUACAGUGCUGGUGGAGGUGAACUCGCGAGCCGAGUCCUGGGUGCUGGGGCGCGAGCUGUGCCUAGCCGUCCCCUUCGUGGAGUUGACGGUAGCUCACGCCUCCGUGCUGACCAUCCUGGCCAUCAGCUUCGAGCGCUAUUACGCCAUCUGUGAGCCGCUCCGGGCAGGCUACGUGUGUACCAAGACUAGGGCCACGCUGAUCUGCGCUCUUGCUUGGUUCUUCGCGGCUCUGUUUACUAGUCCAAUCCUGGGCAUCGCGGAGCACACUGAGGACUGGAGCGCGGAGGGUGCGCACGCGCGCUGCGCCACGCCGGCGCGCACUCCCUGGCAGAUCAGCUUCUUCCUCAUGGUCAUACUCUUCCUCUACUUCCUCCCCCUCGUCAUCCUCGUCGUCCUUUACAGCGUCAUCGCCAAGAACCUCAUCACCGCCGCCUCCAAGGUCGUCAUGAACAAAACCGUCGACCCCUACAACGCCAGAGCCAGGAAACAAGUCAUCCUCAUGCUAGGCACUGUCGUCUUAUGCUUCUUCUUAUGCCUCAUGCCCUAUAGAAUCCUUAUCUUAUGGAUUAUAGUCACCCCCUCAGAAUGGACGGAAAGCAUGAACCCAGAAACCUGCCCCAUCCUCGGCGUGGCGACCUUCACCUACGAGGUUUACGAGGACGGCUCCGAGAACCCCGUGUGCCUCACGCAGGCCGACACCUUCUGGUCCGCUCUCUUCUUCAUCCUCACCAUCGCCGUCUUCUUUAUCGUCCCUCUCGGCGUGCUGCUAGUCCUUUACAGCGUCAUCGCCAAAAACCUCAUGGAGAACCCCGUCAUCAUCGCUCAGAACUCCAAAAACAACAACAACACCAACAACGUCCUCAGAUACAGGAAACAAGUCAUCCUCAUGCUUGGGACUGUCGUCCUAUCCUUCUUCCUUUGCUUACUCCCUUUCAAAGCUCUCACAUUGUGGAUCAUUGUAUUCCCACCCGAGACAAUAAUGUCGUUAGGUAUAGAUGGGUAUUAUAUACUUUUAUAUUUUUGUAGAAUAAUGCUGUAUUUAAAUUCCGCGAUAAACCCGAUAUUGUACAAUUUAAUGUCAUCGAAGUUUAGAGAGGGGUUCGUCAAACUGUUGAGGAUAAACAAGUUGAUGAAUUGUGGGAGGAGCUUGAGAGAGAAUAUGCAAAGGAGAGAUACAUUUAACACGACUACUUCAACUGGAUUCUCAAGCAGCCAACACAAUUCUGAUUCUUUCUGGAGGCGAUAUAGCAAUAGAACAAGCUCGCAAAAGAAUGUCAUUAAAGACAAAAAGAAAAAAGAACCAGAGCCUAAUGUCCAGCAGUUGAAAGUAGGGGAGAUUAUCAAUGUUGUAAACACAAGGCGUAAUAGCAUGCAAUUCAUAUCAGCCAUGAACGAACUUAAUGAUAAUAAAAUAGAAGUAGAAGUACAUGAACAUAACUGCCAAGACGAAGAUACUGCCACUGAGAACAAUAAACAGAUACAAAUAUUGAACCUAGAUGUUAAGACAAAUAACGUGUAUUCUAUAACUUUAGAUGUAACAGAAAAAAGCGAAGGAAAGAAUAGGUUUGUCUGCGUGCCGGUCCAAGAUAGGGAGAACAAGAAUAUAUUUGUAUACGACUUUAAAAGUAAAGAAAGUUUUGUGUAAGGAUGGAAUUAGUUUUGUAUAGUUGAGAUCACAACUUUUAGUAAGAAAUGUGUUUUUAUAAUAUUAUGUAUUUGAUAAUUUAAUUUUAGGAGAAAUAUUACAAAGAGAUUUAGAAAUAAAUGUUAACUUUGAUCGGGAAAAGGUUUGUCAAAAGAGUUUCACCAACAGAAUUCUGGGAAGUAGAAUAAAACUACUACUAAUAUAGGUAUUUAGGCGUAUGAAAUGAAACAAGUUGUUAGCUAGUGGUAUAUUCUUUUGUAUAUUUUAUUAUGGUAU